UAUGGCCUCGAGAGCCGUCCAUGCGGACCUCACCGAUGACCAGUCGGCAGAAAGUUUCCUCCAAGCAUACUCCCGCUUUGUUGCUCUGAGGGGGCAUCCAGGAAAACUAUGGUCCGACAGAGGCACCAACUUUAUUGGGGCCAAGUCGGCUCUGCAUGAGCUGCAUAAACAUCUGGCUUGCUUGCAGGCUGCGUCUAUAGAAGAUGUAGCUGCUAAGAACGGGACUGAAUGGAAGUGGGAUUUUCACCAUGCAGAUGCACCCCACAGGAAUGGAGCUGCGGAGGCAGCUGUGAAGCUUUUAAAGAAGGCGCUGAUAAGCCUAGGAGGAACUACAGGGUCACUCACAUUGGGGGAGCUCCAAACUCUGUUCUAUCAGGCAGCCAACCUGACAAACGAACGCCCAAUUGAUGCCAGAGCUCAAGAACAGGAGGACUCUGUUGAGUACUUAACACCCAACUCCCUCAAACUGGGUCGAGCAUCGCUUGGAGGAGACACCAGCGGGCUUGACCUAGACACUCAUCCCUGGCGUCGUCUGAGGGCUAUUCAAAUCGGAGUUGACCGGUUCUGGGCAAAGUGGAGGGAACUAGCAGGCCCAAAUCUGUUCAUUCGACACAAGUGGCACCGGACGGAGAGGAACGUCAAAGUCGGCGACCUCGUCUGGAUUGCUGACCCAAAUGCUUUGAGAGGACAGAUUCGCCUGGGCCGGAUUCUGACAGUUUAUCCUGACAGUAAAGGGAUUGUUAGGGACGCUGACAUUGCAACGUGCGCUGGAAUUCCUGUAUCCCUGGCGGGUGGCCAAAAGAAGAGGAGUUCUUCGCUGCCCAUGACGGUUAUCAGGAGAGACGUGAGAAGACUGGUGGUCCUUCUUCCAGUGGAGGACAAAACUCAUCCACCCAAACCGCCAUGACAUCGGCAUCGUCCCAAACCCCUCUCAUUCACCGGCCAAGCCCCUGUCACCCUGUUACCAUCUUAGCCCUGUUGGCUGCGUGGUGCAAGCCUAGCGCUGCCACCAGGCCAAUUACAUUGCACACACAGGAAGAAGAGCACUCACAUUCCACACCUCGCAUACCCGGGCAGUACACUGCAUACCUGCCAAAGGGAUGUAAUUGACUUGGACAGUGGACUAAACUGGUCCCCCGUCAGUCGUGCCUUCAUCGGACGCUUACACAUAGACAUUGUGCACAUUUAAGGGUUCUAAAAAAUAAAUAAAAAAAAGAGGUCUUUUAAGUGAGUUAGUAAGUUCCCUGGAUCAUAAGAUCAGGAACUUAAGUGGGAGGUGUUGUGUUUUCUGUGGAGUUUUUAAUUCAUGACGUUUUGUUAUUUCGGAUUUACAUGUGUGAUCAAAUGUUUACCUGCCAGAGCUAUACAUAUAAAUGCCAGUAACAUAUGGAGAAACUUUGAGGUAGCAGCGCAAUAGUGUAGUGCCCCUUUAAGAGAGGAGUGUGCUGUGAGGACACGUGACCAGUGUUUACUGAGUGAAAAAAGGAAGCGCGAUUCACUUAGUUGGUAACGACUUCCAACCCGGUGUGCAGCCACUUGAAAAGGAAAUAGCAGAACCAUUGUGAAAAUGGACGAGUCCUUUGAUCUACUUAAGUGCAACGAGGACCUACCUUCCUCACCCGGGUGCCACAUGGAUUAUGGUGGAGGAGGACCAGAGGUUUCCAGGGUUUUUUCAGGUCCGAGCAGGGGUGUCCCACCAGGAGCUGAGCUGCUCCCCAAGCACCAACUGGCUCACCGAGCUGGCCAACAUUGCCACCAGCCCUCAGAGCUCCCUGCUGAAGAGCGCCCCACAUAGGAGAUCCUCUCUGGUCCACAUCUUUGGCAACAGUAAUAGUUUACAUUCUUACGCCCGUCCCCCAUUAGCCAGCAGUGCUCCCAUCCCGUCCAGAGGCCAUUUCAGGGAGCGCAGGCGUGUCCGGGCCAGCAGUGAAUCCGAGUCUGGAGUUUUCUCUAUGUCCUCAUCUUUUUCUGAUGAUGAAGAUAUGGUCUGGUCUCACUCUUGGCCCUCCGCAGCGUGGCAUUACUUCCUUAAAGGCAUGAAAGAAUCCUCAAGUGAGGAUGAGGGAGACGCAGCUGAUUUCAGUUAUGACUUCACCCCACUCGACUCCUCAGCCGUGUAUGUUCUCAGCAGCAUGGCCCUUCAGCGCAAGACCUCCCUGUCCAACAGGGGGGCUGUCAGUCUGGACUGUGAUAAACUUGAGCGCUCCGCUUCCCCACAAUCCUCUACUGGCAAAUCAAACAAGCCUACUAAAUGUAAGCGGCCGAUGAACGCCUUCAUGCUCUUCGCCAAGAAGUACAGAAUAGAGUACACACAGAUGUGCCCCGGGAAGGACAACAGAGCCAUAAGUGUCAUUCUGGGUGACAAGUGGAAGAAGAUGAAGAAUGAGGAGAGGAAGCUGUACACCAUAAAGGCCAAGGCUCUAGCUGAGGAGCAGAAACGACUCAAUCCAGACUGCUGGAAACUCAAAAGAACCAACUCGACAUCUAAUGUCGUCCUUCAACAGGGCUCCCAGCUGAUCUAGAUGAUCUCCCAGAAACCCGUCUGUUGGUUGUUUUGACAUAGAGAAGUGCUGGACAGAAUCUGAUGGACCGCUUGAUGCCUCUUUGCUCUCCCGUAUUCCUGAGACUAAACUUCAAUGCUGAAUUCAUUGUUUAUGUACCUUGAAACAUUAUUAAAGACACCAUAGAAUUAUGAA